AUGACCUCCGUCGAAUCCCCCGUCAACAAUACAGAGGCGGAAGAAUCUCAUCCUCCUCUCACCGAAACCGUCCUCGACAACACUGAAGUGAGCGACGUGAAACCGGUCUAUUCAAUCUUCUUUCCUGAUUCCGACCUCGAAGAUGGUGACAUCCAUCCAGAUCCCUCAGACCGACCUCAAAUACCCUCCCCAACUCACUACAACGACUCCAGCGCCGCAGCACCGCCGUACGUGAUGAGUGAGGACUUCGCCGGUGAGGAUCCGAGGAUGAAAAAGCUAAAAGCCAGACAAGCAGAGGAGGACCCUGAUUUCAUCCUUCCCGAUAUCGUCAUCGAGAGACACAUUCCUGGGUUAAAUGACACCAUGAGCGGAGCAGUGCACCCUGACGAAGGAGACAAGAUUCAAAGAUUCUCAGGAAGCCAUGUCAUCUGCCGAACCAAUGGGGACCUCUUUCGCGCGGUUGCGACAAUGCCUUACAAAGUUGUCACCCUCGAAGACUUGUAUGACCUCAACCUUCCAUUCGGUGACCUCAGCAAGCUAUCCGAACUACCACCAACGUACCUCACCACGCUUCUCGGAGUCAGUCGAGCGAUCGAAGAAAUGGGACAACGGAUUGACUUUUCCGACGAUUUGUUGUUGGAUGGAUUGUUGAGACGAGGUGGCUUCGCGUUUGGAGACGUAGUGUAUCCAGAGGAUAUUAUACCAUAUAUCGGAUGGGAUCUCGAAAGCGAUAACGAGGAUUUUGAUGGUGAAUACUGGACGGGGUUGGAUGACCAAGGGCGGAUUUGGGAAUUGCUGGCCGACAAUUUCAUCGGCUGCAGAAAAAAAUAUCUGUUUCCCUCUUUCUUCACCGAUCUGCGGACGGGCAUCGCAGAACAUACUCCCUCUCUAAGAACGGAGUACGACUCCAAUUUAAAAAACCCGAAAAACCAAAGCGAUCGAGCCAUGGCAUUUAGCGGUGCGCCGCGAAGUCGAGGUGGUGGACGAGGUGGAGCUCCAAGAGGUGGUGCUCGAGGUGGUCGAGGUGGUGGUGGUGGUGGCGGUAGAGGAGGCUUCAAUGAUAGAGGCGGACGAGGAGGUGGUAGAGGUGGCCGUGGCGUAUCUAAAGGAAGAGGUGGUGGAAGAGGAGGCGCCAAAGGAAAGGGUGGCAUCAAGGGAGGGGCAAAAGUCAUAAUCGAACCACACAGACAUCCUGGCGUCUUCGUCGCUCGUGGUGGAAAAGAAGAUCUGCUCGUCACGAAAAACCUGACUCCUGGCGAAUCCGUGUACGGCGAGAAGCGAAUCAGUGUCGACUCUCCUAACACUUCAGCUCCUGAUGGCGAUAACCCGGCGCCAGCCCUCAAGACAGAAUAUAGAGUCUGGAACCCUUUCCGAUCGAAGUUGGCGGCUGGCAUCUUGGGCGGCUUGGACGAUAUUUACAUUCGCCCGGGCGCAAGCGUUUUGUACCUGGGUGCUGCCUCCGGGACGUCAGUGUCGCAUGUCGCUGAUAUCGUGGGUCCAGCCGGACGAGUUUAUGCCGUUGAAUUUUCGCAUCGGUCAGGCCGUGAUCUGAUCACGAUGGCCACACACCGAACAAAUGUCAUCCCCAUCAUCGAGGACGCCCGACAUCCUCUGCGCUACCGCAUGCUUGUUGGCAUGGUGGAUGUCAUCUUUGCAGAUGUCGCUCAGCCUGAUCAGGCGCGCAUUGUGGGAUUGAAUGCCCAUUUGUUCCUCAAGGUCGAUGGAGGCGUGUUGGUCAGCAUCAAGGCCAAUUGUAUCGAUUCAACAGCCAAGCCGGAAGUGGUGUUUGCGAAUGAAGUCAAGAAGAUGCGAGAGGAGCGGAUCAAACCCAAGGAACAGCUGACGCUAGAACCCUUCGAACGAGAUCACUGCAUUGUUGCGGGUAUUUACAAGCACUCUGCCCAGUAA